UGCUGCAGUCAGAACCGGGGACUAGGCUGGCUGGCUGGCUGGCUGGCUGGGCGGCUGCCGCGAUGGCCCUGGUGCCGGUGCCGAGUGGGGCGCUGGGGGCGUAGGCGCUGCUGCUGCUGGCAUGGGCAUAGGAGGCGGAGGAGGAUGCUGCGGCAGGCGCUGCACGGGGCCCUGCGCGCCUGGUGCCGGCGCCUGGGCUUGUUCGUGAGCCGGCACCCGGUCUUCUUCCUGACGGUGCCGGCGGUGCUGACGCUGGCGCUGGGCUCGAGCGUGCUGCGGGGCUUCCGCGGGGCCCCGGGGGCGGCGGCGGCAGCGGCAGCGGAGGAGCUGGAGGCGCUGGUGGCCCCCAGCCACAGCCUGGCCAAGAUCGAGCGGCGCCUGGCCGGCAGCCUCUUCCCGCUGGAGCGCUCCAAGGCGCAGCUCUACUCGGCCCUGCACCCGCCGGGGCGCUUCGGGAGGGCCCUGCUGCUGGCCAGGAAGCCCGGCGCCAACGUCCUGCUCCAGGCCGAGCGCCUGCUGCGGAUCCACCGCGCCGUGAUGGAGAUGCAGGUGCCUCACCGGGGCUACAACUACACCUUCUCCCAUCUGUGCGUCUUGCGGGAGCAGGAGCAGCAGCAGCAGCGGCGGCGGGGGCCGGAGGCGGAGGCGGCGGAGGCGUGCGCGCUGGAGGACGUGGUGGCGGUGCUGGAGGAGCUCCGGCUGCAGCAGCAGGCGGCCCUGGCCUCCAACAAGAGCGCGGCCCGGGGGCUGCCCCUCAGCUACCCCAACACCCGGCUCAAGGAUGGAAGAAGCACUUUCAUUGGUCAUCAGCUUGGUGGAGUCUUGGAAGUGCCCAACAGCAAGGACCAAAGGGUCAAGUCAGCCAGAGCCAUCCAAAUCACUUACUACCUCCAAACCUAUCAUUCUGCAGCCCAGGAUCUCAUUGGAGAAAAAUGGGAGAACGAAUUUUGCAAACUUAUGCACAGGCUGCAGCCACACUAUGAGGACCUGCAGCUCUACUCUCUUGCCUCCUUCAGCCUGUGGAGGGACUUCCACAAGACCAGCAUCCUGGCCCGGAGUAAGAUCUUGGUGAGCCUGAUGCUCAUCCUGAUGGCAGCUAUCCUCUCCAGCUCCAUGAAAGACUGCCUCCGCAGCAAGCCCUUCCUUGGCCUCUUGGGAGUACUCACUAUCUGUAUCUCCAGUGUCACUGCGGCAGGGAUAUUUUUCAUUACCGAUGGAAAAUAUAACUCGACUCUGUUGGGAAUCCCUUUCUUCGCAAUGGGUCAUGGAACAAAGGGAGUGUUUGAGCUUCUGUCAGGAUGGCGUCGAACCCGAGAGAACCUGCCAUUCAAAGACAGGGUUGCAGAUGCCUACUCUGAUGUAAUGGUCUCCUACACAAUGACAAGCUGCUUGUACUUUAUAGCCUUUGGAAUGGGUGCCAGUCCUUUCACCAACAUUGAAGCUGUGAAGGUCUUCUGCCAGAAUAUGUGCAUCUCCAUCCUGCUGAACUACUUCUAUAUCUUCUCCUUCUUUGGCUCUUGUCUGGUCUUUGCUGGGCAGUUGGAGCAGAAUCGUUACCACAGCAUCUUUUGCUGUAAAAUCCCUUCUGCAGAAUACCUGGAAAGAAAGCCUGUUUGGUUCCAAACUAUGAUGAGUGAUGGCCACCAACACUCUUCUCAUCAUGAGACUGAUCCAUACCAAAAUCACUUUAUCCAACAUUUCCUACGGGAGCAUUACAAUGAAUGGAUAACUAACAUCUAUGUUAAGCCAUUUGUAGUGAUACUUUAUCUGAUAUAUGCUUCUUUCUCCUUUAUGGGCUGCUUGCAGAUCAGAGACGGAGCCAAUAUCAUCAAUCUCCUCUCCAGCAAUUCACCAAGUGUGUCCUAUGCCCUCGUUCAGCAGAAGUACUUCAGUAAUUACAGUCCAGUCAUAGGGUUCUACAUUUAUGAACCUCUUGAGUACUGGAAUGGCACUGUACAAGAUGACUUAAAGAAACUGAGUGAAGGCUUCAACACAAUGUCCUGGCUUCAACAAUAUUACCAAUAUCUGAGAGCUGGGAACAUUACUGCUACUAAUAAAAGUGACUUUCUUGGCAUACUUCAAAAUUCGUUUUUAAGAAAGCCAGAAUUCCAGCACUUCAAAAAUGACAUAAUUUUCUCCAAGGCUGGGAAUGUGAAUAGCAUCAUUGCUUCUCGUAUGUAUCUUGUGGCUAGGACUAGUGAAAAAACACAGAGAGAUGUUAUAGAGUUAUUGGAGAAACUAAGACCAUUGUCUCUGAAACAAAGCAUCAAGUUCAUAGUAUUCAACCCUACCUUUGUCUUCAUGGACCAGUACAGCUUGUCAGUAACUAUGCCUGUCUUGAUUUCAAGCUUUGGCAUUUUGCUGGUGUUGUUACUUACUUUUUUCCUGGUUAUUCAUCCUCUGGGGAACUUCUGGUUAAUUCUCACUGUCACCUCAAUUGAGCUGGGUGUCCUGGGCUUGAUGACAUUAUGGAAUGUAGACAUGGAUUGCAUUUCUACACUGUGCCUUAUUUACACUUUGAAUUUUUCCAUAGAUCACUGUGCACCCCUGCUUUACACAUUUGUGUUAGCAACUGAACACACACGAACUCAGUGCAUAAAAAGUUCACUCCAAGAACAUGGAACAGCAAUUUUGCAAAAUAUUACUUCUUUUCUUAUUGGAUUGGUCCCCCUCCUUUUUGUGCCUUCAAACUUGACCUUCACACUGUUCAAAUGCUUGCUGCUCACUGGCAGUUGCACACUUCUGCACUGUUUUGUUAUUUUACCUGUCUUCCUGACAUUUUUCCCACCCUCCAAAAAGCACCACAAGAAAAAGAAACGGGCCAAACGAAAGGAGCGGGAAGAAAUUGAAUGCAUAGAAAUUCAAGAGAACCCUGAUCAUGUGACAGCUGUAUGAAAGUCACACAAUCAUGUGUGUGUGUUUAUUACUUUUUUAAAAAAUGUUACACAGAGCUGCAGGGAAAGUAGAGUAAAAAUCUCCACUGCUUGUGCUGGCCCAUGUGAAACAAGAUAAAGGAAGCCCAAGAAAGGAGCAUUUGACAGAGGGAGGUGAAAGUGUUGUCAAAAUAAUGAUCAUUUUUUUAAAAUGAAAAAGGAUGGAGAAGAGGGAAAAACACUCGAUUGCUUUUUCCUUGAAUCCUACCACUUCCACAAGGGCACUGUUUUUUGCCAGUUUUAUCAACAACAAAAAACAAAAUAAGUUUAAGUAGCCAGUUCUUUUUUAAAAAGGUCGCAAGAGUUUCAAACUGGAAAAAGCAACAAGAAAAAACAGGGAAAAAAGCAAUUGUGGCUAUAUCAUAUUUUUAGAGGUUGGUCUAAGUUAAAACCUAUGCAGUUGGGAAGUAGAUUUUCAACAAUCUAAGCCAAAGUAUUUUCCCACUCAAAGUCCUUCCCUACGAUUAUAUAUCUAUAUGUCACCGUUGAAACUGGUGUCAUUUAUUCAGCGAGUUAAAUCGGUACUUUCCUAAAAUGCAAGUACUGUUGUGUAUGGGAGAGGAAUUUAAUAGACAACUUUAGCUUUUACAGGAUUGUGAUUGGGGAGUGCUCCCAGUGUGACUAGAGUGUCCAUCAGAACCAGUGAUUGUUACAACAUGAUAUACUUGAAUUCUGUGAAACAUCCCAGGUCUCAGCCACUGCAGUACUACCUAUAAUUACUGCAGUGCUGUCCUUUUGCUUCCUACACAUUAUCUGUACCAACAUUAGACACAGAAUACUAAUCAGGCAGAUGUGUCAAUAGAUCAUACUCAAUAGACACAGCAUGGUGGCAAUUUUUGUGCCAGACUUAGGUGUUGAGCACAUUGCAGUGGUAAACACCAUGUUUGAAGUUCAAAGAGAAAGAAUACCAUUUUUUCUCUUUAAAAUUGUCUCUGAAAUGCAUGUAUUUCACAUCUCUUUUGCCAAACAGAUCCACUGACUAUGCUUUUUGCCACAGGGGGGGGGACCAUAAUCAGAGUUAUUAAAGUACCAGGCUGCUUUUGAAAUUGAUUUUUUAUAAAGCAUUACUGUUCAAAGCCUGAUAGAAUGUCUGUGAUAAAACAAAGCUUUAUGGCUGUUGAGAAUUAUAGAUUCAUGCAGUAAAUUUGUCUCUUACUGCAUGAGAAUAGUUAUACUGUAACAAAAGGACAGUCCAUGCUUACAAAAUAUACAUGCUUAGAAGCGUAAAAGAAGGAGUAGAAAGAGAAUGAGCCAAUAAUACUCAAAAAAGAGUGAAAUGUCACUCUGAGUUAAGCCACGUAUUUCUCUUUUUGAAAAGCAUUUUAGAAAGAGUUUACUUCAUGCAUUCUUGAAUGCAAUCUAGCCUUGCCUAAACAAGCAAUGUCUUCCUGGAAAUGUAAUGUGUAUAUUUAUGAUUAUUGUUCAAACGUAAUGUCAAGUGGAGUGUGGGGAGGGAUUCUUGGUCUUAUUGGUUCCUUUUUUUAAAAAAAAGUUCUGUUCGUUAUUAGGCCACUACAUCUCUCAGUAUGUAUGACUGUGCAUAUGAGGCUCAGUAACGUCUUCCUCAACAUCCCCACCUAGCACUUAAAUAAUGUGUGUUGCAAAGCAGUGAGGUGGAAAGGGGUGAGUAAGUGAAUCAGGGAUGCUCAGGGUCCUUCCAUUGAAAGGAUUGGCUAGCCCACUGUAAUGUGCAUACGUCUCCUCGCAAGCCAGGGAAGGAAUAAACCUCUCUUGAUCCCUUUCCUGAUCCAAAUGUUCAUCUGCAGCCAUGUCCCCAGUUCUUCAUUGUUCUGGAUAACCUCUCUUCCAUGACACCAGAACUGUAGACCUGUGAUUAAGUAAUUACCUGAUCCAAAGCCAUAUUCUUGCAUACCAUACAGUGUUGUACUGUGUCAACCUUUGAUACAUCUAGUGAUUGGAUUUGGACCCUUAUUCUCACUGGUGAUAACAAUCCAGGUUUGCAGGCAAAGAUCUUUCCCAGCAGAGAUAUCCUUUGAAAUGACAAUACCAGGAAUUCAGUGUUCUGCAUGGAAAAUAUGUGCCUAUCACAGAUCUGUUGUCUCUCCUUCUAAUGUGUUGUGAGGAAUUUCUUCCUUAUGCAUUUUUUCUCUCCAGUAAUUUCAUUUGAGGAGAAUUCUCUCUUGAAAUGUAGCUACUUACAGAAUUUCCAUGAAUUUCUUCUGUUGUUCCCAAUAUUGUUUUUGUAAUUUCACUUGGUAAGCCAUUUCAAAUGGCAGUUUUCACUUGGAUGACAUAGAGACAUGGUUUAGGAUGGAAGCGCUAGACAGAUUUGAGCAGGUUGGCAUGCAUCUGUGGAAGCCAUUUUUAUAAUGGCUACUAGCCACCCUGCAGAACUGCAUUCGCAUGUACCAUGUUACUGACACAUCAGUUGUUUUAGAUUUUAAAAAUAUAGUUAAAUUUGGGUGAAACAAAAAAAAUUUAGUUGCAAGAAGACUAAUGCUAAGACCUCCAAAGCUGUUAUCAGCAAACUUUUUGGAAUGUACAAGAACAUAUCAAAAUAAAUGUGAAAUAAAGGUUUUUCAGCUUGAUUCCCCAGCAUCCUCACAAGUUGAUUUUGCAGUCCAAUAAAUAUGUACUCCUCAAACCGUAUCAGAUGUGUAAUUAUAUAUUGCCUUUUUACUAUCUUUUGAUAAGAGUUACAAACUUCGUUUAUCAGGAGAAUGCUGUGGAUUCUGUCUAUUUUGAUGUCAGUAAGACCUU